CCAUAGCUUGACUCUCCUGAACAAGAAACAGAAAUUGGUAACCACCGUCUCUCACAGCAUAGCGCUCUCUCUGUUAGUGGAGAGUCCCUUUCGAAUACCUCUUCCUUACCUGCAAGAUGGGGCCGACAACUAAUACUUGUAUUACUCCCACAACACCAAUAUACUUUUAUCUCUCCCUAAAAUUCUCUUCAUACCCAUAACACUCUUUUUUCUGAUUUUUUUCUACCUUUUCUUCUCUCCUGUAAAACCCAAUUCAAAGGAGAAAACGACCAUGGAACUUUUUCUUGAACUUGUCUUCACUGUUGCUAUUUCUCUUUUUUUCUCUUUUUUGCUCGCCAAGUUUCUUUCAGGGUCUUCUUCUUUUCGUUCGGCUUACACUGAUGACUUGGUCAGUGGAGAGCGUAAAUUCCAAGCUAAGCUGAAAAGGAAGGGUUUUGAAUGUGAGAGAAGAACUGGCUUUGUUAAAAAAGUUGUGAAAGUUGCUGAUUUGGGUGAGUCGAGGCAAGAGAAGUUAGUACCUGAAGAGAUCUUGAAGGAUGGUUGCGGAUCAUGUGAUGAUGUCAAGAUUGAUGAAAAUAAAGUUUUGAGAGAAGUGGAGGUUGAAAUUGUUGAAGAAAUUGAUGAUGGUGUUUGUGAAUGUGAAGAGAAUUUGGCGGUGGGAAGUGUUGAGAGUGAAAAAAUUGCCAACUUUGAGACAGAUUUAACUAAAGAUGAUGUUUUGGAGAGUGAGAAAGAUUUAACUAAAGAUGAAAUUUUGGAGAGUGAGAAAGCUUUAACCAAAGAUGAAGUUUUAAAGGGUGAAAACUUGACGGAAGAAGCGGAUGAUGGCAGAGGUUGUUUGUCUGAAUGUGAAGAGAUCGUUGUAAAUAAAAUUGGUGAGAAUGAAAAAAUUACAGAAAUUGAAACAGAAUUUAAUAAACAUGAAGAUGGCGUGGCCAAAAGUGGAGAGACUGAAAUUUUAAAGGGUGAAAGUGAUAAUGAGAUAAUAGAAGCAGACCAAGAUGGCGUUAAGGAGGUGUUGUUUGACGAGGAGGAUGAUUGGGAAGGAAUAGAGACAACUGAGUUAGAGAGGCUUUUUGGUGUUGCGGUGGCAUUUGUUGGGAAUAAGAGUAAUGCUGAUCGGAUUUCAAGACUUGGCAGUGAUGUUAAGUUGCAGUUGUAUGGACUUCACAAGAUUGCCACUGAAGGCCCUUGCCAUGAGCCCCAACCGAUGGCAUUGAAGGUCUCUGCUCGCGCAAACUGGAAUGCGUGGAAACAGCUGGGGGACAUGGAUCCAGAGGUUGCUAUGGAGCAGUAUGUCACUGUUCUCUUGAGAAGCAUUCCUGGGUGUAACCAAGAUGAAGUCAGUGGAGAUAGUAAGCAUAUUUUUGUUGAUGCUGACGCUUGUAGGAAGCUAGCUUCUGAUCUAAACACAUGGAAGAAGAACCAACUAGCUGCUGUAGAUGAGAGGAUCAAGGAUGAGCUAAUACCAUGUCAUGAAGGUUUAGAUGUGAAUGGAUCUUCAGUUGAGUCACCUUGAACCAAGGCAAUCGAGAUGCCAUUCAAUGUCAAUUGCUUCAUCAACAAAGUGGGCUCUCCAGAAAUCUCACAGCUUACAAGUGUGAAGGAUGUGGAGUUCACUUCAUAUAUUGCUUAGUAUUAGAAAUGUUUAUAAGCAAGUAGAUCUUAGUAUUUCAGUGCCACACUGUACCUAUGGCUAUUACAAUAUUUUCCAACUGAUUCCAGCUUCU